AUGCAUUUAAAGGCACACAAAGCUAUUGUAGGUGAUAAUGCUUUUCUCCAUGAAAGUGGCAUUCAUCAGGCUGGAUUGUUAAAGCAUAGAGGUACAUAUGAAAUACUUUCUCCUGAAGAUAUUGGUUAUGAAAGAUCCAGUGGACCUAAUAUCGUACUAGGGAAGCUAAGUGGACGCCAAGCUUUGAAAAAUCGACUGAAAGAGCUUGGCUAUGAACUCAAGGAGGAUGAAGUUGAGAGUGUAUUUAAAAACUUCAAAGCAAUGGCUGAAAAAAGAAAGUGGGAUUGGAAAAGGAGUAGAUGUUGUUUUUUCCAGUGUAGAGGCUUAUCUUGUUGCACUAAACAAAAUGCUCGAUUCAAAGAAGUGAUCUAUAUCUGUUAAUAUACGAAUGUAUGUUAUAGAAUGAAUUAGGUAUUUGUAAUUUCUUAGUUAAGCUUUGAAGUGGAAUAGAGUAUUCCAGAAUGUAUGCCGAAACCAGACUAAAUAAAAUCUCCUUGUUGAA